CCUGUGCCCUGCGCCAGGUCCGGACACCUGAAUUCUCACCAUGGCUGAAAUCGCCAAGCUCCAGCUGUUUGUGAAGGCCAGUGAGGACGGCGAGAGCAUAGGGCACUGCCCAUCCUGCCAGCGGCUCUUCAUGGUCCUCCUCCUCAAGGGCGCGCCCUUCACCCUCACCACCGUGGACACACGCAGGGCGCUGGACGUGCUGAAGGACUUCGCGCCAGGCUCACAGCUGCCCAUCCUGCUUUAUGACGGGGACGCCAAGACCGACACGCUGCAGAUCGAGGAGUUUCUGGAGGAGACGCUGGGGCCGCCCGCCUUCCCCAGCCUGGCGCCGCAGUACCGGGACUCG